UCCAAUCCAAUCGGAAACCAUCAUCAUCAUCUUCUUCUUCCCCUUAGGAGGAGUUAGGCCUUAUCCCCCUCCUCACAAGUCACACCUAACUCAAAAUAUCGCAAAUUCACUCCGUCACCAUCCAAAAAUCUUCAAUUCUUACCCUACAGUUUGCUCCAUCUCAUAAACCCUAACCCUAUUUCUCAUUUAAAUGAACCAGCAUCAAUAACUUCACCAUGGACGUCGCUUAUCUUCACCACACCAAAUGCAUAUUCAAUCCAGCUUACUCUUCCACUCAUUAUCGCCCUAUUUCUGUUCUUUCUAGGGUAUCGCUUUUUAAUUCAAGAGAUGACAAGAAUAAUGUUCGUCGUUCUCUUCGUCGGGCCUCCAGCUCCGAUACACUUGUCUCCGGGAAGACCUCUCUUACGGUUGCCAGCAAGAAAGAUUCAGAGUUUGAGGAGGAGGAAGAUUUGAAAUCUUGGAUGCAUAAGAAUGGCUUACCUCCUUGUAAGGUGGUUAUCAAAGAGAGGAAAGCGUACGAUUCACGACAUCCUUCUAUUCAUUACGUCGCCGCAAGCGAGGACUUGCAGGCAGGUGAUACUGUAUUUUCUGUUCCGAAUUCGCUGGUUGUAACACUCGAGAGAGUUUUGGGGAACGAAACUAUCGCGGAACUGUUAACUACAAACAAAUUAUCAGAGUUAGCUUGCCUGGCAUUGUAUCUAAUGUAUGAGAAAAAACAAGGAAAAGAGUCUGUCUGGUACCCAUAUAUAAAAGAGCUUGAUCGGCAGCGUGGUAGGGGGCAGCUAGCUGUGGAAUCACCACUCUUGUGGUCUGAAUCUGAGUUGAAUUAUCUGACAGGCAGUCCAGUAAAGGCUGAAGUUCUUGAAAGAGCAGAAGGCAUCAGAAAAGAGUAUAAUGAGCUUGACACUGUCUGGUUUAUGGCUGGAUCCUUGUUUCAGCAAUAUCCAUUUGAUAUCCCUACGGAGGCCUUUUCGUUUGAGAUCUUUAAGCAAGCUUUUGUUGCAGUUCAAUCUUGUGUCGUGCAUUUGCAGAAAGUCAGUUUGGCACGAAGGUUUGCAUUGGUUCCUCUUGGACCUCCUCUCUUGACCUAUAGGAGCAACUGCAAGGCAAUGUUAACAGCUGUAGAUGGAGCUGUCCAAUUGGUUGUUGAUCGGCCAUACAUAGCCGGACAAUCGAUUGUAGUAUGGUGUGGACCACAACCUAAUUCAAAAUUACUCAUCAAUUAUGGUUUUGUUGACGAAGAUAACUCUUAUGACCGCUUGGUGGUCGAGGCAGCAUUGAAUACAGAGGAUCCUCAAUAUCAGGACAAGAGAUUGGUUGCUCAACGAAAUGGAAAAUUGACCAUACAAACUUUCCAGGUUAACGUGGGAAAGGAAAGAGAAACCGUUCUAGAUAUGCUUCCAUAUAUGAGACUAGGUUAUGUUUCAGAUCCUUCGGAGAUGCAGUCUGUGUUAUCUUCUCAAGGUCCAGUAUGCCCGGUGAGUUCUUGUAUGGAACAUGCAGUUUUAGACCAACUGGCUACGUAUUUCAGAGAAAGACUGUCAGGUUACCCUACUACUCUAAGUGAAGAUGAAGCGAUGUUGGCAGAUUGUGAUAUUGAUCCCAAGAAACGAGUUGCUACGCAGCUCAUCAGGUGCGAGAAGAAAAUAUUAAGCAGAUGCUUGCAGGCGACUGUUGAUCUGAUAAACCAAUUACCAGAUGCAUCUACAUCGCCAUGCCCAGUUCCUUAUGCUCCGCUACUAAGAUAAUCCAAUCUAUGCCUUUUUAUCAUGUCUUGAUGAAUCAGGUGAGCUUCAGAUUCUACCUAUAUUUUCCACACUUUUGAUGAUCCUUGCAGCAAGACAAAUAUACAAGUUGCGUAUUGCUGCUUAUGUUUGCAUUUGGUGGUUUUUUUUCCUUCCAUUUCUUGUGUUACUCCUGAUCAUAAAUCCCCUGGUCCUCGUAUUCUAUUUUGAAGCCACCUAUCUGCUGAUACGAAUAUUGUAUUGAUUUGUUGUAUAAGCAAGAAACUUUAGUGUUGUACAGC